GUUCGAGGGCGUAGGUUUCGGAGCGCGCGGAAGUUGGGGAGGAAAAUGGCGGACUCGCCGCCGCGCCGGAAGCCGCGGUUGGAGGCCGGCGCCGAGGGUGAGGCGGCGACGGGGGUGGCGCCGGACCUUCUCACGCCGCUCCCCCUCGAAGUUCUCGACAAGAUCCUCUCCCGCCUUCACAUCUACGACGUCGUCCGCACCUCGGUGCUCUCCCGCGCGUGGCGGCGCCGGUGGGAGACGCUUCCCACCGUCAACCUCUUCGGCGGGCCCCCCGUCGACGCUGACGAGGUCGAUGCGCUCCUCCUCCGCCGGACCGCGCCCCUCCGCACCUUCCGGCUCGUGGGGAACAGGUCCUGGUACGUCGACGCCCUCAAUGACUGGCUCCUCUACCUCUCCCGCAACGGCGUCGAGACCCUCCUCCUCUGGUUCCCGCCGGUCGGGUUCCGGCUACACUCGAGCCUCUUCUCCUGCCGCGAGCUCACCUCCCUCAGCCUCUUCUCCUGCCGCCUGCCGCCCACACCGGCGGGGUUCGCCGGAUUCCCGAGCCUGAAUAGGCUACAAUUUGACAAGGUCUCCAUCCCGGAGCACGGGGGUAAGCAAUUGGCGGGCCUAAUCGCCAGAUCGUUGUCAAUUGAGAAAGUGGAGCUCAAAGGAGUAGAGCUCAUUGGGGACGACCCCGAAGCUGAAGACGAGUGGGUGAUUCAGGCACCCAGCCUUCGAGAGCUGACAAUAGCUAGUCCUUUUCCUUAUGGUGGCCGUGUUGAAGAACUCCCGCGGUUGCAGAAAGGGGUUCUAGUUGGCUGCAAUUACGCCAAGUUCUUGAUGGGGAUGUCACACAUUACGGAGCUUGAGUUUGCGGGCUUUGAUUGGUGGGCUGAAGUUGAUGUGCUGGAUCGGCUACCUUUCCUGUUUGAGAACCUGAGGAGCUUACUCAUUACCGUUGAUUUUACUGAGAUGUUCGCAAUUUUAUCCUUUUUCUGUCUACUAAGAAGUGCUCCUAUUCUUGAAGAACUUGUUUAUGGAUGGAGCACUGGUUCACAGGUAGUCAAUGCGGAUGACAAGUUUUUGAAUGCUCAGUGUGUUGAUGGUAUGUUUGGCAAACUUCAUGUUGUGCGAAUGAACAACAUUCUAUGCUUCUCUAAUGAAAUGCACUUCGUGGAAUUCAUUCUAUACAAGGCAAGAGUUUUGCAAGUGCUAUCUGUUAGGCUUGGUCCUGAUGCCCUAUGCAGUAAUGAGGCAGUGUUUAUUGCUAUAAAGGAAUAUCCAAAAGCUUCACCUGAUGUGCAAGUCAUCUUUUUGGGUAGUGAAUCUACAAAUACUGGCCCUAUCAAUACGUCCACUGAGAAUGCUGAGGUGGGAGAGGUACAGACAACAGGCAGAGAGCAUGACUCUGUUGACACACCUCCUGAGCAUGCUGAGGUGGAAGAGACAAGUAUAGAAGAUGGCAAGCGUGGCUCUAUCUCUACAUCCACUGAGAAUGCUGAGAUGGAAGAGACACGUACAGAAGACGGCAAGAGUGGCACUAUCUCUACAUCCCCUGAGAAUGAUGAGGCGGAAGAGACACAGACAACAGGCAGCGGGUGUGCAUCUAUCAAAAUGUGCACUGAAAAUGCUAAGGUGGAUAAGAUACAGACAACAGACAGCAAGCAUGAAUCCAUCAAUAUGUCCACGGAGAAUGCUGAUGUUGAAGAGAAACAGGUAGCAGACAGUGGGCUGGUGAACGGUGCACACCCUCGGAGGCGACAACGGCUGGAUUGGAGUCUGUAGCACAGCUGGAGCAGCUCAAGGUGGAUAUGCGAGAACUGCAGGAGAAGGUGCGGCUGCAGCUGCAGCUUGACCGCAGGAGAUUGGACCUUGAGAGUAGGACAGAGCUGCUUAAUACUGUUAUUGCGAAUUUAAAGUACCAAUCUUGCUUCAAGGAGUUGUCUGAGCGUACCAACAUUAGUCUGCCACUGUUUCCUGAGCCUUCAUCGGUCCUAUCAUCGCUUUUGGCCACGUCCAGAACUGAAGGUUCUCCUGUCAAUCUUGGUGUCAAUGGUGCUGCAAGUGUUCAUGUGGAUUCCUCAGAAGAUCAUGGUGUAAAUGACGCUGAUAAUUCUCACCUAAAUCCCCUAGAAGAUACCAUCAAUAAUGCUAGCAUGGCUCAACGUGAUUCUUCAGAAAAUGCAUAAAUGAUGCUUCUGCCGAUGUUAAUCGUUCCAUCAAUAGUGCUAGCAUGGCUCCUGCCGAUUCUUCAGAACAUGCAUAAAUGAUGCUUCUGCCGAUGUUCUUUUAGUACGGGGCAACAGCUGCCAAUGCUCAUGUGGAUUAUCCAGAAGACCAUGGAGUAAGUGGCGCUUCCAGUGCUCAAGUGGAUUCUUCAGGUGACCAUGCUGCCAAUGGUGCUAGCACCCUCGAUUCUUAUGAGCAUGCCGUUCCUGAUGAUUGAUUUCAUGAGUCCGGUCCUCUUGCGACUUGGCUGUUUCUGUGCUUGCCUAUUCAGUUUGUUGAUGCCAUGCACUCUUACUGAACAAAUGUACGAUUUGCUUCCAUCGUGAACUACGCUUGACAAUGCAUCAGGCAUAUGUUGACCUGUUCAAUUUGAUAUGACGUGGUGGUUGUCUCUGAAUCUGACAUUCAAUAUUGUUGGCUAUUGAUAGUAAGACCUA